CAUGCAGCCCCCUUGCGAGGCCGAGCUGCCCUCCGCGACCCCACAGCUGGCACCGCGGGAUGAGCUCCCCACCCCAGAGCCCUGGCGCCAGCUCUUCCGUGGCCUGCGCUACCGGGAAGCCGAGGGCCCAGGGAGGAUUUGCAGCCGCCUGCGGGAGCUGUGCCGGCGCUGGCUGGAGCCCCAGCGCCGCAGCAAGGAGCAGAUGCUGGAGCUGGUGGUGCUGGAGCAGUUCCUGGCCAUCCUGCCCCCGGACAUGCGGAGCUGGGUGUGCGGGUGCCGCGUGGAGACGUGUGCCCAGGCCGUGGCCCUGGCCGAGGGGUUUCAGCUGGGGCAGGCGGAGGACGAGAAGCUCCAGGUGCCGGGACCCUGAGCAGAGCGGAUCAGCAGCCUCCCGAGGAAGGGCCUGUAAAGCUGGAGCUGCAGAGCCCCUCCCCAGGGAGACGGGGACAGAGCGGCUCCCUGACGCCUGGGCUGGGCCAGCUGCAGGAGGGGCAGGGCAGGCCGGCGAAGCAGGGGCAGAGCAUGGAGGACAUGCCUGGUUGCUGAGCAGAACUGAGGAGCAGGCUGCUGAGGAAGGGCCUGAAAAGCUGGAGCCACCAUGGGCUUCCCUGGGGAGUAUGGGUGAGAAUGUAGCAGUGAAUGUGGUCCCAUCUCUAGUUGGGCAUUGGAGUGAAGAAGGGAAAGAAGCCAGUAAAAGCCCAAGGUGCAGGGAUGAAUAUGUCAUGCUGAGACACCUGAAGAGGCAGAAAGCAAAGGUGCACUGGAGAGAGACACUGCAUGCAAACCAAGGCAGUGUUGGGGGUCUCAGAGGGAAGCAGGAGCUCACUGCCAAGCCCAGGGGGAGAUCCCACUCCUGCCCUCAGUGCAGGAAAAGAGCUAGCUGCCCCUCACGCCUGGCUCUGCACAAGAUAAGGCACACUGGAGAGAUGACCCAUGUACGCGCCACGUGUGGGAAGAGCACCUGCCUGUCGACCCUGGCUGCUCACCACCGGAUCCAUUCUGGACAGCUCCCCCACCGCUUCACCAAAAGGGGGAAGAGCUUUGUGCUGCUCAAAACCCAGGAUGUGCACAGGAAGAAGCGUCAGUACCGCUGUGUCACAUGUGGUAAGACCUUCACCCAUUUCUUCUCCCUGGUUCAGCACCGUCGGAUGCACUUGGGGAGGAAGACACACCGCUGCACCGAGUGCAGGGAGAACUUCAUCAGCUGGCAAGGCCUGUCCCAACACCGGUGUGUGCAGAGGAGGCAGCAACCACACUGCUGCACGAAGUGUGGCAAGAGCUUCAGGCAGCCGUCCAGCCUGGCCAGGCACAGGUGCAUGCACACACGGGAGAAGCCGCAUCAUUGCUCUGCGUGUGGGAAGAGCUUCAUCUCCUCUUCCAAGCUGCCCCAACACCAGGUUAUCCACACAGGGGAAAAGCCACAUCAGUGCUCUGCAUGUGGGGAGAGCUUCACCCACUCUUCCACCCUGGCCCGGCACAAGUGCAUCCACACAGGGGAGAAGCCAUAUCAUUGCUCUGAGUGUGCGAAGAACUUCACUCGCUCAUUCAGCCUGGCCUACCACCAGCACAGCCACACAGGGGAGAAGACACAUCAGUGCUCUGAGUGUGGGAAGCGCUUCAGUUAUUCCUCCCACCUGGCCAAGCACCAGCGCAUCCACACAGGGGAGAAGCCGUAUCAGUGCUCUGAGUGUGGGAAGAGCUUCAUCCAAUCCUCCCACCUGGCCCAGCACAAGCGCAUCCACACGGGGGAGAAGCGACACCAGUGCUCUGAGUGUGGGAAGAGCUUCACUCGCUCCUUCGGCCUGGCCUACCACCAGCACGUCCACACAAGGGAGAAGCCACAUAGGUGCUCUGAGUGUGGGAAGAGCUUCAGUUAUUCCUCUGAGCUGGCCCGGCACCAGCGCAUCCACACAGGGGAGAGGCCAUAUCAGUGCUCUGAGUGUGGGAAGAGCUUCAGUUAUUCCUCCGAGCUGGCCCGGCACCAGCGCGUCCACACAGGGGAGAAGCCAUAUCAGUGCUCUGAGUGUGGGAAGAGCUUCCGUUAUUCCUGCCACCUGGCCGUGCACCAGCGCGUCCACACAGGGGACAAGCCAUAUCUGUGCUCUGUGUGUGGGAAGAGUUUCAGUUGUUCCUCCUCCCUGACCAAGCAUAAGCACAUCCACACAGGAGAGAAGCCAUAUCAUUGCUCUGAGUGUGGGAAGAGUUUCAGUUGUUCCUCCGAGCUGGCCCGGCAUCAGCGCAUCCACACAGGGGAGAAGCCGUAUCAGUGCUCUGAGUGUGGGAAGAGCUUCAGUUAUUUCCCACACCAGCGCGUCCACACAGGGGAGAAGCCAUAUCAGUGCUCUGAAUGUGGGAAGAGUUUCAGUUCUUCCUCCCACCUGGCCAAGCACCACCGCAUCCACACAGGGGAGAAGCCAUAUCUGUGCUCUGUGUGUGGGAAGAGUUUCAGUUAUUCCUCCUCCCUGACCAAGCAUAAGCACAUCCACACAGGAGAGAAGCCAUAUCAUUGCUCUGAGUGUGGGAAGAGCUUCAAUUAUUCCUCCGAGCUGGCCCGGCACCAGCGCAUCCACACAGGGGAGAAGCCAUAUCAGUGCUCUGUGUGUGGGAAGAGCUUCACCCAAUCCUCCCACCUAGCCAAACACCAGCAUGUCCACACAGGGGAGAAGCCACAUCAAUACUCUGACUGUGGGAAGAGUUUCAGCAUCCCUUUCAACCUGGCCCGGCACCGGCGCAUGCACAAAGGGGAGAAGCCACAUCAUUGCUGUUAGUGUAGGAAGAGGUUCUACUCCUGCAGCCUGUGCUGAACACCAGUGCAUCUACACAGGGGAGAAGCUACAUCAGUGCUCUGAGUAUUGGAGAAGCUUCACCCAUCUCAGCACCCACCAGUGGUGCAUUCAAACCAGCUCCCUCAUGCUCGUGGCCUGCAGAAAGAGUUCCCCCAGGCUUUGCCCCUUGUAGGAAACUGUGUGAGUCUAGAGCCCAGACGCUGGCCCCCAACAUAUGGUUGGGGGCAUGAGCUAAGAGGAAACACUUCAUGCAGAGGUCAGCCCCAAUGUGUGGGGAGGAGACGAGGAGGAGAUGAUCUUUGCAUCAGCCUUGGAGCCUGUGCAUUCCCCGUCAUUCUCUAACAGUAUUCCCAGGGGAAGAAGUGCCUUCACGCUAGGGUGCCCUCUCCCAGACGGCUGACUUCAGAUGACACCCGGGGACUUUCCUUGGCUGCCUCCCAGCUUUCUCCUUCCUCCUGGUCCAGGGGUUCUGGUAUAUGAGCCCCUGAGUUGCAAGGAGGAGAGCAUUUAUGGCUGAGGAAGCAUUCCCUACCCUCCUCCCUGACCUCGCCUUUCCUCACCUCCCCAUCACCCCUCUUUCAGACCUGCCCAUGCCCCGUGGGGUCUGCAACGAGCUGCCACCUCCGGAGUCUUUUUGGCCUGUUUUGCUCUUCAGCCUCUGUAGAAGUGUGCACCACGGGGUGCGUGCUGCUCCCCUGCCCUCCUCCCCUUUGUUGUAUUCUCUCUCAUGCAUUCCCUGCUACUAAAACCCCCGAAUUGGACAUGCCACCUCUGUGGUUGAUCUCUGCCUUCUCAUGAGCUGUGCAAUGUGAACAGGCCAGGGACCACAACCCUUUCCAGGGCAGAUCUCUCUGUGCCUUCCAGCCCCUUCUCUUUUCAAAUGAUUCACCACAAUCUGAAGGUUGUUGCUAAGCCUUGGGAGCAGGAGGUGGUCUGAUCUACCCCCCCUGCUGCUAACUGACUAGCUGCUCCCACCCACUUCUGCCCUCUUCACACAGCAGGACCCAGAGUUGGGUGAGCCAGGACCACAGGGUGAGCAACCCUGGGCGAGCGACUGGCCACAGGCUCAACAGGUGCCCCAAGCCAGCCCCGUCUGCCCUGUUCCUGCCCUCACCCACUGCAGCCACCCAUCUGCCCCAUGGAGGUGACUGGGGGAGUGGGGGGCAGUCUGUGCAUGGUGCCAGCUCCAGGGCGGUGUCUCCCCCCUUGGGAGAGCAGGUUCUCCACACCGCUGCCAGCAUCCCCCAACAUGCGGUGCUGGAGCAGCUAUCAGGGUCAGGACAGGUGGUGUGUGCUGGGCCUGGGGUGGGGCAUUGGGCACAGGCUGUCCAGACAAACAUGGGGGAAUCAGGCUGAGUUUGUCCCCGCUUGAGGUUGGCGGGUUGCAGCUGCAGCCCCUGCAGAUUCAGGGGCAGGGCUGGAGGUGGGGGCAUUACUGCCUGUGCCCUGCAGAGCAGGGGGCACCAGAUGGGGCAGUGGGGAGAUGCACAUUGACCUGUCGCAGAUGCUGGUGUCUGUCCCAUGUGGGAUCUGUGUUCAGUUGGGCAGGUGUGAAGGAGGCAGGGUAGGCAGAGGUGAUACCUCAUUGCCCUGCAGGUGGCAUCAUCAUGGGGGAGGCAUACCUCCACCUGGGGUAUGUAUGAGGCACACCUAAAAGUGGGACUCGGGUGUCCACACUUCCGUGGGGCAGGUGUGAUAGGGGCUGUAAUGGGGCAG